AUGUCCUCUUCGAGACCUGCUGCGUAUCUUGGUCGAAGGCGUACCAAGACAUUUACUGGCUGCUGGACAUGCCGCUCGAGAAAAGUGAAGUGUGACGAGACUAGGCCAUGUUGUUCUCCAUGCAAAACAAGGGGCCUUGACUGCCAAGGUUAUGGUGUUCGCCUUCAGUGGAUGCAUCCCGAGACUGUUGCUCCCUCUGAAUCGAACUUGCAUGAUUCUAUCGGAACGGCCAACGAUGCAUCAAGCCCUAGAUCCUUAAGACGACAAGUUCCAGUCUCAAUUGUUCAGCAAGUUCUGAAAUGGAGCCAAAUCGAGGGAAUUCUUAAACUCAUUGAUUCUGUAGAACCGGCAUCGACUGCCAGCGUAGGCGAUGACGUGCAUAUCAAUGUUGAGAAUUUCGGAGUGUUUGGUGUAAAGACACCAUCAAACAACGAUCCUCAGCAUACUACCGACCAAAUCUCCGGCAAAGGCUUGGAUCUCUAUAGUUCCUCUCCAAAUUCAUCAAGUCCCGAAGGACUGCAAAUUUUGCCAUCGCCUUCACAUUCCGAAACUGAAGCAGCUUGGGAGUUAUGCAAUCUGCAUGUGCAACAGCAUCUAGAGACAGAGACAGGGGGUUUUGGCCCAGGCUUUGCCGGAGAUCAUUCAAGUGACCCUCAAGAUGAGGAACCUGCUAUCGAAAUCUCGUCAUCUUCAUCAACACAUCAGCCGUGGCUCGUGAAAACCGUCUCCACUGAGCUUCCAAAACCACCGGUGUCUUUGAUCUCUGAACGAGAGCGAUUUCUCAUGCACCACUACAUGCAUAGAGUCAUCAACAUAUUCUGCGUCAUCGAUAAUGCAAAGAGCCCCUGGAAGACGAUACAUCUGCCUCGAGCUAUCCAGGGAGCCGGUGAACUGAGUGUGAUGGGCGCAACAUCCAGAAUCCGCAACGCCUUGCGAAAUGCGCUGCUUUCCAUCAGCGCGUACUACUUCUCAAAUGUCCAGACGUCAGAUAGGAGGUUGAGAGCGGAGUCGAAAUGGGUGGAAGCAGCCACACUCUAUCGUUAUAAUGCGAUCGGAUUGCUUAAGCAGGCUGUGGAAGUCGAUCUGCAUUCGCCGGGAAGACCCAAGUACAAGGAGUUUCUGGCGACAAUGCUGUCAAUGAUCACAAUUAACGUCAUGUCGGGAGACACAAGCACAUGCGGUGUCCAUCUAGACGGCGCUCAACAACUUAUCGCCCAUAUGGGCAAAGGAAAGCCUAGACUGUCUUCAAAAGCUCGAGCCUUGCAUAGAAUCUACUAUUACCUUCGCGUCAUCUACGAAAGCACAGCUCCCUUUCGAGAUUCAUCCUGUGGCUUUUCGCCUUCAUCUGGAGACGAUACUACCGACGUGCCUCGGUCACUAAGUCGGGAAGUCUCCUCCUCUAACGUCAUCCCAGAUGAGCAUACACCGUCUGCGUACUAUGGAACUACGCAAGCAGCACACGAAAUGGCUUCAUAUGAGUGCAUCUAUGGCAUCCCCCAAAGCUUGCUAGUCCUUCUUCAAAGAACCAUCGAUCUGAUCGACAAGGUCGAUGCUGCGAGGAAAAAACACGGCAUCACAACGAUACUGAGAGACUUAGAGAGAAUGUGUGAUGAUGUUGAAAAGGAUAUUUUCGAUUGGCCACUCGACUCGGCGCUCUCCCAGUAUCGCAACUCCAACAUUGGCACGAGCUUCGACAUCAUUUACCACCAAACCCGUUCAUUUCACAACGCCCUCAUCAUUUACUUCUCCCAGAAUGUCAGACUACUCAGUCAUCGAUAUCUCCGUCAGUAUGUGGCAGAGAUCCUACAUGAUAUUGAGGCUAUAGAGGCCAUCAAGACCGAAACCAAGCUGCUUGCUGCACCCCUGUUCUGGCCGGCUUUCAUGGCGGCAACGGAAGCACAUGCCCAGCAUCUCCAAGACCGAUUUCGCCACUGGUAUGAGAAAGUUGCGGUUUAUGGCAUCAAAGCUGUUAGAACGGGAACUCAAGUUGUGUAUGAGGUGUGGAAACGAGGGCCCACGUCUGAUGGUCGCGUCACGAGCCAGUGGCGUUCAGUGGUGGAGGAAACAGGGGUGACUUUGAUGCUGACAUGAUCUGUGGCAGGCAUCGAAGGUCGAGC